CUCUUGCCGGAGCUUCAUAAUUUUGUUCUUUCCAUACUCUCUCUCUCUCUCUCUCUCUCGGGAUUUUCAAGAAAUAGUGAAAAAGGAAAUCCCGUCGUUUAUAUGAGAGCCCACGAGUUUGUUUUCCGGUGGUGAUAAUCAUCUGGUGGCAGUCGCCGCUCCGCUCCCUUUGCUCCUCCUGAUCUGAGUUGAGUUGCAGGCAAUUGACAUCUAUUGUCUCGUUUGACGUUUAGGGAUCCAUCGAGUUUGCAAUAAUGGCAUCAGGCUUUGUGAAGUCAAACAGAAUGAAGAGGACCGACUCGAGGAAGUCUCACUCGUGGUGGUGGGACAGCCACAUUAGUCCCAAGAACUCUAAGUGGCUACAAGAAAAUCUUGAAGAAAUGGAUCAGCUUGUCAAACGGAUGUUGAAACUCAUAGAAGAGGAUGCGGAUUCCUUUGCCAAAAAGGCCGAAUUGUAUUUCAAGAAGAGACCUGAGUUGAUUGGCCUUGUCGAGGAUUUUUACCGAAUGUAUCGGGGAUUGGCUGAGCGGUACGAUCAUGUGACUGGAGAGCUACGGAAAAGCCUUCCCUCAGAUCUCCAAUCUCAGGGCUCCGGGAUAUCCGAUGUUGGAUCCGAGCCGCCCUCCACUAUGCCGUCUCCCGAUAUAAGGCCAAAUCGGACUAAAUCCGGCCCUCGUGCUGCUGGUUUCGACGUAUUUCUUGGAAGUGCUGGGAGUGGCUCGGACUUGAAUAGUAAAGAAGGAGAUGAGACGUCUACUCUUGACUCAGAGUCGGAAUCCGAUGAUUCCUCCGUUAACAAUUACUCAGGCACACAGAGCAAUGGCGAGGAACAAGGGUUGCGCGGGAGGAUUAUUGAACUCGAAUCCGAGCUUCGGCAGGUGAAAGAGAAACUCGAGAUGCAACAGGAAGAGAUUUCUCAAGGUUGCAAGAAAUCCCAUUAUGAAAAUUCUGAAGUUUCGUUCAAGAUAGCGGCGUAUGAAGAGGAAUUGAGAGUUGCGAAAGAGAAGAUCCAACUGUCAGAAGACGAAAUCACACGUUUGAUGGUUGAACUUCAGAAAUACGAAUCUAUGGGAGAUGCCAAUAAUUUGGCUUUUAAACAGAAUGAUCAAGAAAGUGUUAGUGGCUCAGAAGCCGAAGUUGGCUUGGCGAACAGAAUUCAGACGCUCGAGGAGGAGUUGAAAAUCGCAAGAGAGAAGCUUCUCGAUUCGGAAAAUGAAGCAGCAAGCUUACGGCAAGAACUUACGAGCAAGGGCUCGUCCAUGCAAAAUUGGCAAGAUCAGCUGAAAUCGGCACAGAAGGAGGUUUCCGUCUGGAAAAACAAAGUCGAGAGAGAGAAACGAGAGAUUUUGAAGCUACAGGACCGCAUAGUCAGGUACAAAACGAAUCUCUCGGAGCGUGAUCAAGAGAUUAGGGGACUGAAGGAAGCGAUAUCUAAUGCCAACAAGAGCUUGUCCGAAGAAAACAAGCAACUUCAAGCAGAAAUGAAUAGACUGACAAAGGAGCGAGCUUAUUUGGAGGAUAAUCUAAAAGAACUGGACUUACGUUGCCAGUCGUUGGAAGAGGACGUGAGACGAGUCAAGGCUGCAAAAGUGGAGAUGGAGAGUGUACUCGGAGCUCAAAUCGAGCAGUUGAAGGCCGACAUUGCUGAGAGAGACAGUCGUCUGGAAGACCUAAACAAUGGGCUUGAAGCAUUGACAGCUGUCCGAGACGAUCUGAAUGCCAAGAUUGCUUCACUUGCUGCAGAGAUGAGUUCUAAAAAUGAUCAGAUGGCUCAGAUGAGCCUGCAUUUGCAUCAGAUUCACAUGCAGCACGUCGAGUUAAUCACUGCAGCUGAGGCGGCACGUAAAUCCGCAGAGGAGCUGAGGUCAAGAGUUAAAGAACUUGAAAUGGAAGUGGAGAGGAAACAAGAAACUAUUCUUGAAGGGGCGGAGGAAAAACGAGAAGCAAUAAGGCAGCUUUGCUUCUCGCUCGAGCAUUAUCGUAGCGGGUAUCAUCAGCUUCGGCAGGCCGUUAUUGCGCACAGGCGACCGGCUGUAAUGGCAACGUAAGGAGUAUCGAGCUUUCCAAGAUUCAAUGCGGCUUCGAUUUUUUCAUUCUCGUUUACUUUUGUUAUUGUAGUUGAUGUGUAGAUCUGGCGAGAUACAUCCGGGGGGGUUUGGAAAUUCCACUGUUAAGUUGAGGUUUCAUCAUCGACUCAAUGGUUUUUAUGUACAACUAUCGAGUUAUGGAAGAGAAUAAACUGCUUUGCUGAACGAAUGCUUUGAAGAAA